UCGAUUUCUUAAAUCUCCUCAACGCUCGCCUUAUUUUCCUUCGAUAAAUCCCCUCUUAUUUACUCAGCCAUACAAAAAAAAAAAUAGUCAAAGUCUUGUGUAUUGCUUUUAAUCGUAGUCUAAAUCACCAACACAGUUGAUCGAUCAUACUGGAGUUCCCACUAUGGCGACCAAUCGCAAUAAUAAACAGCGUGGACCACCAAAUCAAUGGUAUAACAGCGGUAACACAGCACCCCCGCCAUCCACCAGCAGACGACCCGCACGCAACUACGAUAAUACUCAUUAUCCCAACAGAUCACAUAAUGAGCUUCCAGAAAUAUCUAACUAUCAUCAGGAUAGAAACCAAAGAUAUCAGCAGAGUGAUAGUGUUAACAUGCAGCAAUUCCAACGCCCAAACAAUGGUGCUCCACCGAUGAUGCAUAGACAUCCCCCGCCGGCACCCAAGCCAGUUAAUCAGGAUAGCAGAUAUGCGCAUCAUCCCUUCCCUGGUGAUCAUACUCCGCAAAUAGAAAUUUCAAAUGCUCAUGAACGUGAAACUUCAUCGGCAUAUCCGGCUUGGACCAAUGCGCCCAAUGUUCCACUCGCCCAGGAGGAUAUCAGUGACAUCUUUAUCGACCUUGCCCGCAAAUUUGGCUUCCAAAAUGAUAGCAUGAAGAACAUGUAUGACCAUUUAAUGGUCAUGUUGGAUUCAAGAUCAAGCAGGAUGUCUCCGGAACAGGCGCUUUUAACGCUACAUGCUGAAUAUAUUGGAGGCGAGGAUGCCAAUUAUCGGAAAUGGUAUUUCGCCGCUCAGCUUGACUUUGACGAAGCCAAAAAGCGUCGCCGGCCAACCCGCAAGCAGGUUGACAUACCCAAAAUGGUUCGUCAGCAAUCGACUGCUACCCUCGAUGUCGAUGAGACCAGUGAUUUGGCAAAGGCAAAUUAUCAUUGGGAACAGACCAUGAUUCACACAUCUGACUUUGACAGGACGCAACAACUGGCCCUGUAUCUAUUAAUAUGGGGAGAAGCUUCCGUUAUACGAUUUUGUCCUGAGGCCCUUUGUUUCAUCUUUAAGCAAGCAUACGAUUAUUUGAAAGGACCAGACUCUUCUGUGAAUACAUUCAUGGCUAGCGAAGGCUCGUUCCUGGACCAUGUCAUUACUCCACUGUAUAAUUUCAUACGAGACGAAGCAUAUGAAGUUGUUGACGGCCAAUUCGUCAAAAGAGAGCGAGAUCAUGCGCAAGUCAUAGGCUAUGAUGAUGUCAACCAGCUUUUUUGGUAUCCAGAAUCAAUAGCUCGUAUUGUGAUGAAGGAUGGCCACACUUUCUUGUAUUCCCUCCCACAACACCGAAGAUACCUGGCCUUGAAGGAUGUAGAUUGGUCAAACGUUUUUCAUAAGACCUUUUUGGAAAAACGCUCCUGGAUGCAUCUUUUCAUCAACUUCACACGCAUAUGGAUCAUUCACAUUGUUGCAUUCUGGUACUAUACUGCUGCCAAUGCUACCUUUGUAUACCAAAACAGCGAUCCUGCCAUCGCUGCUAAGGAAACCCCUGUCAUGUAUUCUGCUGUUGCCGUUGGAAGCGGCAUAGCAAUAUUGUUUGUCAUAUUUGGAUGCAUCUUCGAAUAUUCGUAUGUUCCAUUGACUUGGAGGAGUGCCAAGGUUCUCACCCGGAGACUGAUUAUUCUGACCAUCUUGCUAGCCAUAAACGUUGGCCCUUCUAUAUACUGUAUUGGCUUCGAUCGUACAAGUCGUAAUUCAUGGAUCGUCAGUGUCACGCAACUAUGUAUAAGUUGUGUGACAACCCUGUAUCUAUCCAUUGUCCCGAUGUCGCGCCUUUUCAUAUUUCUCUCUGGCAGCCAGAGUCGAAAGAAACUUGCAAGCCAGACGUUUACAGCCAACUAUCCCCAUCUUCAUUUGAAAGAGAGACUCAUCUCCAUUGCUCUAUGGUUUUGUGUGUUUGGAUGCAAAUUGGUCGAAUCCUACUUUUUCCUAGCUCUCUCAUUCAAGGAUUCUUUCCAAGUUAUGUACAAGAUGCGCAUUCAAAAUUGUAACGACUCUGUUAUUGGAUCGUCUCUUUGCACCAAUAUGCCAAUUAUUACUCUCAUUUUGAUGAUGUCGAUGUACCUUGUUCUGUUCUUCUUGGAUACGUACCUCUGGUACAUCAUAUGGAAUACGUUUUUCUCUAUCAUACAGUCGUUUUUGUUGGGAUUCUCCAUCUGGACUCCUUGGCAAAAUAUCUUUUCUCGGCUACCAAAGAGAAUAUAUUCGAAGCUAGUGACCAACACUGGUAGCACAUUGACGCUGAAACCCAAAGUCCUUUGCUCUCAAAUUUGGAAUGCCAUUAUCAUUUCAAUGUAUAGGGAACAUUUUCUGUCGGCUGAGCAUGUUCAAAAACUGUUGUACCAAUUGGUUCAAAAUCCUAGUGAUGGUAAGAGGUCCUUGAAACCUCCAACUUUCUUUACUUCUCAGCAUAAGAGGGAUGGUGAGGAAUACCUCCCAAAUGGAUCUCAGGCUGAACGGCGUGUUCAUUUCUUUGCACAAAGUUUGACAACACCAAUGCCUGAACCGAUGCCUAUCUUGUCUAUGCCCACUUUUACGGUUCUAACUCCUCACUACAGUGAAAAAAUUCUUUUGUCGUUGAGAGAGAUCAUCCGAGAAGAGGAUCCAAAUUCAAGAGUCACUUUAUUGGAAUACCUAAAGCAGCUACAGCCGGGUGAAUGGCUAAAUUUCGUGAAGGAUACCAAAACUUUGGCGGACGAAAGUGUCAUCGCUUCUAUCGAUGGCCAGUCUUCAUCUUCAUCGUCAGGAUCCUCAUCUACAGCAACUUCUGAGAUCGACGAAAAGUAUGCAGGAAAGACGCACAUUGACGACCUGCCAUUUUACUGUGUUGGUUUCAAAUCUUCUGCACCUGAGUACACUGUCCGUACCCGCAUCUGGGCAUCUCAGCGAGCGCAAACAUUGUACCGCACGGUGAGCGGAUUCAUGAACUAUUACCAUGCUAUCAAAUUGCUCUAUCGAGUUGAAAACCCUGAAAUCGUUCAAAAAUAUCAUGGCGAUGUUGAUGGACUGGAAGCUGAACUUGAUAGUAUAGCUGUGAGGAAAUUCAGAUAUUUGGUUGCCAUGCAAAGAUACUCCAAAUUCAACAAAGAAGAGCAACAAUCGACCGAGCUGCUGUUUAAAAAGUAUCCAAGUUUACAAGUCGUGUACCUCGAUCAGGAACCUGGUAAAUCGGAAAAAUCAGAAAAUGUGUUUUAUUCUGUACUCACCGACGGGGGCUGUCCUCUCCUACAAGAUGGCAAGCGAGCUGCAAAAUAUAGGAUUAGACUUCCUGGAAAUCCUAUUCUUGGUGAUGGAAAAUCCGAUAACCAGAAUCAUGCGCUUAUCUUCUAUCGUGGUGAAUUUUUACAGUUGAUUGACGCCAAUCAAGACAAUUAUCUUGAGGAGUGCUUAAAGAUUCGAAACGUUCUUUCCGAAUUCGAGAACUUGGGCAUUUCCAACACAUCACCGUAUUCUUUCAAUCCAGACAAAACUGUGACAUCUCCUGUUGCAAUUGUUGGAUCUCGUGAAUAUAUCUUCUCCGAAAAUAUCGGCGUUUUAGGAGAUGUUGCUGCCGGAAAAGAACAAACAUUUGGUACUUUGUCGCAGAGAAUUAUGGCAAAGAUUGGUGGAAAGCUCCAUUAUGGUCAUCCGGAUUUCCUCAAUGCCAUAUUUAUGACAACUCGCGGAGGUGUCAGCAAAGCUCAAAAAGGUCUCCACUUGAAUGAGGAUAUCUACGCCGGUAUGAAUGCGUUCUCUCGCGGUGGUCGUAUUAAGCACUCAGAAUACUUUCAGUGUGGUAAAGGUCGUGAUCUUGGCUUUGGCUCUAUCCUGAACUUUGUUACUAAGAUUGGAACCGGUAUGGGCGAGCAAAUGCUUUCUCGUGAAUACUAUUAUCUUGGGUCGCAAUUGCCACUUGACCGGUUCUUGACGUUUUAUUAUGGCCACCCUGGGUUCCAUGUCAAUAACGUCUGCAUCAUGAUGGCGAUCCAAGUUUUCAUGCUUGUCAUGAUGUAUAUUGGAGCUAUCAGUUCAUCGGUAACGAUCUGUCAGUACAACCCAAAUGCAUCUCCAGAUUCACCACUCAGACCUCCAGGAUGCUACAAUCUUGUACCCAUCAUUCUCUGGAUCCAACGCUGUGUCAUCUCGGUUUUCAUCGUAUUCUUUAUCGCCUUUCUACCUCUCUUCUUACAAGAACUUACGGAGAGAGGCGUUGUACGAAGUCUUGUCCGCUUGGGAAAACAAUUCUUGUCCCUUUCGCCAUUUUUUGAAGUGUUUGUAACGGAAACCUAUACUUAUUCGAUUUUGACGAACCUGGCCUUUGGGGGUGCUCGCUACAUUGCAACUGGUCGUGGAUUUGCCACAACAAGAAUCCCAUUUGCCAACCUCUACUCUAGAUUUGCUGGGCCUAGCAUUUACUUAGGUUCUCGCAAUUUCCUAAUCCUCCUUUUCGCCUCACUAUCAGCCUGGACUCCGUAUCUUAUCUAUUACUGGUUCACUGUGGUCGCACUGGUUUUCUCUCCGUUCUUGUUCAACCCACAUCAAUUUUCUUAUGUGGAGUUCAUGAUCGAUUACCGUAGCUAUUUACGUUGGCUCUCUCGUGGAAAUAUAAACGCUCGGUCUAACUCCUGGAUUGCCUACUGUCGCAUUUCUCGCACCCAAAUUACCGGAUAUAGGAAGAAAGUGCUAGGCGACCCAGCCGAUAAACUUGCUGGAGAUGUACCUCGAGCUAAAUUUGGCGUCAUCUUCUUUUCCGAAAUUGUGGUUCCGCUGGUCCUGGCGUUCAUUUGCAUGGUGGCAUACCUCUUUGUGCGAAGUUUUAAUCAAUAUGACAACACAUUGCCCAACCAAGGUCAAAGUGGAUUAAUUAGGGUUGCGAUUGUUGCUCUAGGUCCGAUUGUAUGCAACGUUGCCGGUUUGAUCGUGAUCUUCCUCUUGUCUCUUGCAUUUGGCUGGUGUGUGGAUUCCUUCUUUACUCGGUUUGGAGCAUAUAUGGCGGCCCUUGCUCACACCUGGGCCGUUGUUAACCUUAUUGGCAUAUUUGAGCUCCUUCUCUAUCUGGAGUUGUGGAAGUUCCAAAACGUACUUCUCGGGAUGAUCGCUGCCAUGGCCGUGCAAAGAUUUAUCUUCAAAGUCCUGAUUACCGUCUUCUUGACUCGAGAAUUCAGACCAGACGAUAUCAACCAAGGCUGGUGGACCGGUAAAUGGUAUGGCCGUGGGCUUGGCCCGCAUGCGUUUACCCAACCACUGCGAGAGCUGCUCUGCAAGACAAUCGAAAUGACAAUGUUUGCUGCCGAUUUCUUGCUCGGUCAUUUCAUAUUAUUCUUGCUCUUCCUGUUCUGUCUAAUUCCAUACAUAGAUCGCGUCCAUUCGCUAAUGCUAUUCUGGCUACGACCAAGCAAACAAAUUCGGCCACAGAUUCUCUCCAUCAAGAAGAGUAAGCAAAGACGACGAAUUGUCAUUUUGUACAGUGCUCUCUUCGUUCUUAUCUUCCUAGUGUUGGUUGCUGCAAUCGUCGUGCCUUGUAUACUCCACCCACAGGUGUCUUUGGCUAAGUUUCAAGCUAUAGAUGUUUGAACGCGCAAUUUAUAUAACAUUUGCAUUUUUCCAUUUUUUCAUUUUCCCUAUUUAUGUUUGAUGCGACGUCUCUUCCUUUGUCACAAUAAAGAAAUUGUAUACUUAGUGCCAAAAUAUUAUGGAAACUGGCUGUCUCUACAGUCUUGCUUAUGAUGACCAUAAUACUCACUGCUUCUUCGAAC